ACAGCUUUCACUUUCUUUUUUCAACUAAAUGCAAAGCCUGUGACUUCCGAGAAGGAGAGCAUAUUAUCUGUUCUUGUAAAGUGUUCAUUUUCACAUUUGUUUCUUCUUCCUCAGUUGAAAAAUUCUGAGGGAUUGUAGAAGCAGCACCAAGUAACAGCAGUGAACAAGACAAACAACCACAGCAAUGGGAGGCCUUUUUUCUAAACCUGAACCUGCACCUACUCAAAAGAAGGAAAUAAAUGUGAAUGAGAUGAUGGCGCAACCAUGGAGGAAUGUUACCUGGACAACUGAGGAAAGAAAUAAACUGAUGAGUGAGAUAGCAGCUUAUCAUCCUCGUUUGAAUACAGUGCCACAGUUUCGGGUUCUGUUCGUGGGGCCAAUUCAAGCAGGAAAAUCCAGCUUUUUCAACUCUGUGAAGUCUGUUUUCCGGGGUCACGUGACAUCUCAGGCCAUAGCAGGAACUGAUCUUAAAAGUGUGACCACGCAGUACAAGACUUAUCAAGUGAAAAAUGAAAAGGAUGGAAGCACCCUACCCAUCAUCUUCUGUGACACUAUGGGACUGGAAGAAAAGCAAGGACUGGAUAUUGAUGAUGUGCCCAUCAUAAUAAAAGGGCACAUUCCUGAGAAUUAUCAGUUUAAUCCAGCUGGGGCUAUACAGUCAACCUCACCAGGCUAUAUCAAAGAUCCAUCUUUCAAGGAUCAGAUACAUUGUUUUGUUUUUAUCAUCGAGGCACCCAAAAUUGAGAUCCUUCCUGACAAUAUGUUGGAAAAAUUGAAAACCAUUAGACGAAAUACUAAUAAGUUGGGUUUGCCACAACUCGUCAUACUUACCAAAGUGGAUGAAGUUUGCCCUUCUCUUGGAAAAAAUGUUUCAGAUGUAUACAGGAGCAAAGAGGUUGAGAAAAAGGCAAUGGGAGACAUUUUUUCUACACCUCAACCUCAAUCAACUCAGACAAAGAAAACAGAUGUGAACGAGAUGAUGGAGCAACCAUGGAGGGAUGUUACCUGGAAAACUGUGGAAAGAAAAAAACUGAUGUGUGAGAUAGCAGCUUAUCAUCCUCGUUCGAAUUCAGUGCCACAGUUUCGGGUUCUGUUCAUGGGGCCAGUUGGAGCAGGGAAAUCCAGCUUUUUCAACUCUGUGAAGUCUGUUAUCCGAGGCUAUGUAACAACUCAGGCCCCAGUAGCAGGGACUUGUAGUUCCAGUCGCACCGUGCAGUACAAGACAUAUCAAAUCAAAAAUGAAAAGGAUGGAAAGACUCUACCCAUCAUUUUCUGUGACACCAUGGGACUGGAAGAAAGGGAAGGAGCUGGAUUACAUAUUGAUGAUGUGCCCAACAUAAUAAAAGGACAUGUUCCUGACAAAUAUCAGUUGAAUCCAGCUGGGGCUAUGCAGCCAACAUCACCAGGCUAUAUCAAAGAUCCAUCUUUCAAGGAUGAGAUUCAUUGUUUCGUUUUUAUCCUUGAGGCCCCCAAGAUUGAGAUCCUUUCUGACAAAAUGUUCGGAAAACUGAAAACCAUUAUACAAAGAACUAACAUGUUUGAUAUACCACAACUUGUUAUACUUACCAAAGUGGAUGAAGUUUGUCCUUCUCUUGAAAAAAACAUUUCAAAUGUAUAUAGGAGUAAAGUUGUUGAGACAAAGAUGCAGUUUACAGCGGAAAGACUUGGCAUCCCUUUGUGUAACAUAGUUCCUGUUAAAAAUUACUGUUCAGAGCUGGAACUCAAAGAGAAUGUUGAUAUUCUGAUCCUGCUGGCACUGAGGCAGAUUCUGCGCUUAGCAGACAGUUAUCUAGAUAAUUUCCUAUUGGACGAAACAGCUGUGGCAUUGGGAGACCUUUCUUCUGAAGUUACUCAGACGAAGAAAACAGAUGCAAAUGAGAUGAUGGAGCAACCAUGGAGGGAUGUUACCUGGAAAACUGAGGAAAGAAAAAAACUGAUGAGUGAGAUAGAAGCUUACCAUCCUUGUUUAAAUUCAGUGCCACAGUUUCGGGUUCUGUUCUUGGGACCAGUUGGAGCAGGGAAAUCCAGCUUUUUCAACUCUGUGAAGUCUGUUUUCCAGGGCUAUGUGACAACUCAGGCCAUAGUAGGAGGAAUUUCUGGAACCAGCAUGACCAUGAAGUACAACACUUAUCAAGUUAAAAAUAAAGAGAGUGGAAAGACCCUGCCGAUCAUCUUCUGUGACACUAUGGGACUGGAAGAAAAGCAAGGAGCUGGACUGGAUAUUGAUGAUGUGCCCAACAUAAUAAAAGGAUAUGUUCCUGACAAGUAUCAGUUUAAUCCAGCUGGGGCUAUGCAGUCAACAUCACUAGGCUAUAUCAAAGAUCCAUCUUUCAAGGAUCAGAUUCAUUGUUUUGUUUUUAUCCUUGAGGCCCCCAAGAUUGAGAUCCUUUCUGACAAAAUGUUGGAAAAACUGAAAACCAUUAUACGAAGAACUAACAUGUUUGAUUUACCACAACUUGUCAUACUUACCAAAGUAGAUGAAAUUUGUCCUUCUCUUGGAAAAAACAUUUCAAAUGUAUACAGGAGCAAAGUUGUUGAGGCAAAGAUGCAGUUAACAGCGGAAAGACUCGGCAUCCCUUUGUGUAACAUAGUUCCUGUUAAAAAUUACUGUUCAGAGCUGGAACUCAAAGAGAAUAUUGAUAUCCUGAUCUUGCUGGCACUUAGGCAGAUCCUACGCUUAGGAGAAAGCUACCUAGAUAAUUUCCCAUCGGAUGAAAUAGCUACAGUGGAUUAAGAUUCUGAUUUCUGAUUGGUUUAACACUGUCAAUAUCACACCACAUUUUUAUAUCACUGUUGUUCCACUUAAUUGUGGUGUCUGCUUCCUGGGAUCUGGGAUUUGCAGUUUAAGGAGGGACAUUUAGAGUCCUCAGGCUGAGUUCUUGGGCCUCAUUAAACGGUGAAACCCAGAAUUCCACUGGAGUCAGCCAUGCAGUGUGAUAUUGAUUAUAUGGGUUGCAUAUUAAAGAUAAAAUGCCACCCUUCCUUUCUCAGUUCUGAAUUUCUCUUUUGGAGAUACACUAUAAAAAACUGAUUGUCCUUUAAUGCCAUUUAUCUGUAACUGAAUCACUUGCAUUGAGAUUUAUUUAUGCUGUAUAUUUAUCAUGUUUUGGGCUUAUUACAUGAUAUCAGAAAUGGGUAAUUUAUUAAUGAUAUAGUUAUUAUGUGCACUAUUAAGUUCUAAAAAUGUACAGGAUGUACAUAAAAUUGUACAUUUAAUUCUGCACAAAUUGGAAUGACAAUUCAUGCGAGGAAAUGUUGAAGGCAGUAGGAAGAGCACUUUACCUUGAUAGAUUCAAUCAAGGAAGUCCCUGGCCCUGAAUUUGCAAGCCUUUUAGCAUCAAGACCUUUUGGAGUGUGUCAUUUGUAAAUCACCAUAAAUGAAAGCAAAUUUGAUAGCACACAACAUCUCCUAACCCUCUCCUGUGAAAUCAAAUUCCAUUACAGUGUUGUUACAAUUAAUAGUUAAUGCUUGUAACAAUGAGGAAAGCCAGGUAGCUGACACUUCCUUUAGUUUGGGUAGCAAAAUACUUGGCAACAGUAAAAGGUUUCUGAAUGACACCUAGAGGAGUUUUUAGAAAUUUACAUGAUCAAAUGUUUCAGCUGUACAUCAUAAAAAGGGAUAUAGAUCAGCAUGCUUUAUAUCAAGCCUUACAAAUGCCCAUUUUGCUUGAUUUUUUUUCAGUUUCAGAAAUACUUCCUCUCAAAUUUUGAUUCUUCAAAACUAAGUUUGAUUCAUAAAAUAUACUUAAGAUCAAAAACAUCAGUUAUCUGCCAUUAAAAUCAAGAAUUUGUCUGCAAACUCUACAGAAAGGAAAGGAUAUGGAUCACAUGCAUAUAUGUGUACAGAAAGGACAUUAUAGCCAUGUUUAAAUAUUUUAAAGGGUGUCACAUUGAUAAAUGGAGCAAGAAUGUUUUCUGUUGGUCUAGAGACCCAGACAUUGGGCAAUGGAUUCAAAUUGCAGGAAAAGAAAUUCCACCAAAACAUCAGAAAGAACUUCCUCAGCCGUUUGGCAGUGGAUUAUGCUGCCUUAGAGAGUGGUGGAGUCUCCUGAGGAUAUUUUAAGCAGAGGCAGGAUGGCCAUCUGCCAGGAGGGAUUUGCUCAUGUGUUCAAGCAAAGCAUGAGGUUGACCCUUGGAGUUUCUUCCAACUUGAUGAUUUUAUGAUUCUGUUAUUCUAAGAGACCAUGAUGGACAAAAACUGGAGAUACAUAUGGAUCUACUCUGCAACCAGUAACCUUUUAAUUUGAAGGUAUGGAUCCCAAAAACAACUCAUUGUUGUCCCACAAUUCAGGAAAAAAACCCAGAGGAACCAAUGGAGUAUAUGCUGCCAUUUGAGGCUGCAAACCAAACAUGCCAGCAUGGCAUGAAAUAAAUGAUGAUGUUCUACAUCCUAUAGUAUCAAAUAAUCAGACAAGAUUUAACCCUUUGUAUACAUUAGUAUGCAAAUUUGCAUUUGUCUUUAAUAAAUGGUAAAAUUCUAUGCAUAUGAAAAUUGUUUUAAAAUUUCUUCAUGAUGUAUUAUCAAUAAAUGUUUGAUUUGUAUAUCUA